AUGGGAUCGUGGAUGCGGCCCUUCUCACAUGAGAAGGAGGAAAAAAGACCCAAGUUCGUCGAGUUAAGGUCGUCAAAAUGGUUUAUCAUGUUCGUUGUUGCCUUUGCUGUCGGCACGGAUAUCUUCAUGUACGGUCUUAUCGUGCCGGUCACGCCAACUGCACUGAAAGAUAAAGUGGGCAUCCCAGAGAAGGAUGUUCAAAGCUGGACAUCAAUUCUUCUCGCGCUGUACUCCGCUGCUUUGUUGGCCUUUGCGCCUGUUGUCGGGUACAUCGCUGAUCGAGCCGAGUCCCGCCGGUGGCCUUUGCUAGUUGGUCUCGUUGCACUGGCCGCUGCGACAGCCUUGCUGUGUGUCGGUAGUCAUAUCGGAUUGUGGAUUGCUGGUCGCUUGUUUCAAGGUGCUGCGGCUGCGGUGGUGUGGACAGCCGGCUUGGCACUGCUAGUGGACACUGUCGGGAAAGACGAGCUUGGCCAAGCUAUUGGCUAUGUAUCCAUGGCUAUCAGUAUUGGAACGUUAGCUGGACCUCUUCUUGGUGGAGUUGUCUAUGAAAAUGGUGGAUAUUACGCCGUUUAUGGCCUUGCCUUCGCUUUCAUCGCCCUCGAUAUCAUCUUACGAUUGGUUUUGAUCGAAAGAAGACAUGCUAUCAAAUGGCUUGUGCCGGAGAUGACACCGUUCCCUGUGAAUGGGCAUCAAUCCACGGAAAAGGAGUCUGGAGAAAUCUCACAUCCUAUGUCGUCGACCAGUGGCUCUGAAUCUCGUGAAUCCCAAACGCCUUCUCCCACCUCACGGAGUGCAUUCGGGCGUUUGGCCAUUUUGUUGAGCUCACCCCGUCUUAUCGUGUCCGUCUGGGGAUAUCUCAUCCUGUCGAUUAUCAUGAGCUCAUUUGACAGCGUCCUUCCACUCUUCGUGCAACAGACAUUCGGGUGGCAGCAAAGUGGCCAGGGACUAAUCUUUAUCCCGCUCAUGGUACCACACAUUCUAGACCCGUUGACGGGGUGGGUUAUAGACAAGUACCCCAAAUCCUGUCGCUAUCUCACCACAGCGGCAUUUCUCGCUCUCGUUCCCGUGUUGGUGCUUCUAAGAUUUGUCACGCAUAACUCGAUUCAGCAGAAGGUUGUCCUAUGUGCCCUCCUUGCGUGUGUUGGGCUAUGCAUUGCGGUGGCUAUGCCGCCUAUCGUUGUAGAGGUCUUCUUCGCUGUGAAGGAAAAGGAAGAUAAAACUCCUGAUAUCUUCGGUCGCGGUGGCGCUAUGGCCUCAGCUUUUGGGCUUUCAAAUAUGGGAUUCGCGGCUGGGAGCCUGAUCGGGCCAUUCUUUGCGGGAUUUAUUCGCCAGGAGGCUGGCUGGGGGGCGAUGGGAUGGGCACUAGGGUUGAUAGCUGGCGUAUCAUCCGUCCCAAUCCUGUUGUUCAUUGGUGGCUGGAUCUUAAGAAAGCCGGUGAAAUCCGAGAAUGAAGUCCAAGUGACAGACAGUCCACCUGGCUCAUGA